AUGUCCUCAGAAGUGUUCAUCCGUGGGAUGCUCUACAUGUCCCUCACCGUUGUUGGUGUUCCAGGAAAUGCUGCUGUCAUCCUGGCGUUCCUCCUCCUUCUCUACCAGGAGAACCGCCUCCUCCCGGCUGACAUCAUUGUCCUCCACUUGGCCUGUGUCAACUUCCUGGUUGUAGUCAUCCGCUGCCUCCUGGAGUCCAUUGCCUCCUUAAGCCUGGCCUCCGUCUUUGGAGACUUGAGCUGCAAAGCUGUCAUCUUCAUCUACAGGACAUCCCGAGCCCUCUCCAUAUGGCUCACCUUCGUCCUAAGUGCGUACCAGUGUCUCAGCAUUGCUCCCCCUGGGUCACGCUGGGCCUCUAUACGCGCUGUGGUUGCUCACUACCUUGGCUUUGUCUUUCUAUUCCUCUGGGUUGUCAACACUUGCAUGACCUCUGCAGCUAUUCUGUUCUCUCUUGGUACGCAGAAGAACUCCAGCCUCAUAAGUCACGGCAUUAAUGUGCAGUUUUGUUACGUUCAUUUUCCAUCAAAAUUGUCCAAACAAGCGAACGGGGCGGCUCAGGUGGGCAGAGAUGUCGUCCCAAUGGCCCUCAUGACUCUAGCCAGCAUCAUCAUCCUGGUCUUCCUCUACAAGCACAACAAACAGGUGAAGGGGCUCCGCAGUAGCAGUUCAGGAGGUGGUGGAGUGAGCGGAGGGGCCGAGCGCCGAGCUGCCAAAGCCGUGGUAGCUCUGGUGACCCUGUACGUGGUCCUGUACGGGGUGGAUAACGGUCUGUGGGUGUAUACUCUCACCGUGAGGAAGACCAUGACGUCCUCUCUGAUCUCUGAUCUGCGGAUCUUCUUUUCAUCGCUGUAUGCGGCGCUCAGCCCUGUAGUCAUCAUCGCCUCAAACAGGAAGGUGAACCGCAGGUUGAGGUGUGCGGUGCAGGAGAAAGCUGUGAAAGAGAAAGCCUCGACCCUGACCACCGUAAGGUCUACUGAUGGUUCAUGA